AUGGCCACCGGAUCGAAAAAGACAGUUAUAAAACCAAAGAAGGUGAUUCCAAAUAAGCAGAAGACGAGGAAAAAGGUGGCUUUAUCAAAGGCCAAAUCGUCUUCAUCUUUAAGGAGUCUUAACCAGAAGAAACGAAAAGUGUUCAAGCCCAUUCUUUCAAAUCCAUAUACUAGACGUAACGAAUGGCCUCAUAUAGAACCGAAAAUAAUGCGGAGCAUUCUUGAUUUACUAGUGGAUCGAGUCCUUUCAGAUACAGGUAAAUACAACCAACUUUCCAAAGAGGAGAAAAAACUUGAUCUAACUGUUGUACCAGAAGAAGCAGACUACAUUAGUUACGGAUUCAACAGCACAAUGAAACUGUUAGAGAAUCAAAUCAAACAGAGAAGACAGGGGAAGUUGAACUUGAGUAAUCCAGAUACGGUCAGCUACGUGUUUGUUUGCAAGCUUGACAUGACAAGCAAUCUACUAUACCUGCACUUCCCUAUAAUGAGCAGCAUAGCCAAAGUGAAGUUAAUCCAACUUCCUAAAGGUUCAAAUCUCAAACUAAAGAAUGCCUUGGGAAUCAAACAAACUGUUGAGAUACUAGUGUUGAAGAAAGGCUUAGUAGAUAAAUAUCCAAUCUUGUCUCGAUUGGUCGAGGAUAAUGUGAGUGAUGUAAAUGUCGGCUUUCUUGAUAACGAUACUCUCGGACUUGAUGUCAGGUUUCUUCUAGUAGACCAACCUGUGGGGAAGAAAAGAAAGAAGAAGAAUGAAUAA